GGAAGUUUCCUGGAUUGAAAAGCUUCUGUUUUGAAAGGCGCUGCAUUGAGUGAAAUGUUGGAUCUUUCAUAGAAAUCAUGUCCCUGCUGCAGCGCGUCUGUGGAGCAUCAUGCACUGGAGGAGCCAUAUCUCUGGCCUCGCCUUCAGCUUCAUUUUCGUUGUAUCAUAUUUCACCAACAAGUUCGUCCUGUCUGUGUUGAAGUUCACCUUUCCAACUUUAUUUCAAGGAUGGCAGACCUUUAUUGGAGCCGUCCUGCUCCUGCUGUCUGGGAAGCUGGGAUGGGUGGAGCUGAAUCCCAUCCCGAGAGCUGCUGCUCUCUCCUGGCUUCCAGGAUCACUCCUGUUUGUAGGAAACAUAUAUGCAGGUUCCAGGGCCUUAUCACGCAUAGACAUUCCCUUUUUCUUCACGCUUCAGAAUUCCUCUCAUGUAGUUAGCUACAUAAUCGCCUGUGCCUUUCACAGAGAGAAGAAACAGUGGCUUAAAGUCAUCAGCCUUUUCCUCUUGCUGCUGUCGGCCGUCAACCUUCCCCUGUAUGACCCCCAGUUUGACCAAAGUGGCUACCUUUGGGCUCUGCUCCAUCUCUCCUGUGUUGGGGCAUACAGAGUGUUUAAAGUUCAACACAAGUCCACCAAUCUGAGUGACAUUGAACAGCAAUGCGUCAACUACUUAUUCAGCGUGCUGCUGCUGGGUCUGGCUGCUCAUCCAACAGGUGACUUCACAGGUGUCUUGGAGUUCCCCUCUCUGCAUUCCCACUCCUUUCACUGCGGCUGCUGCGCCAGCGCUUUGCUGGGUUUUUUGUUACUGCUUUCCACUGUCAGGUUAAAACGUGGGCUCUCCCUGGAGCACUUCAGGGUUUGGGCUUUUCUAUCGAAGGUUACUGCGGUGUUCCUUUCUCCUUUGGUUUUCUACACAGACAUCAACUCCAUGUCUCUGCUUUGUGUGAUGGUCAGUCAUGUUGGAGAAGCGCUGCUGCUGUAUUCAGACAGAGACUCUCCUCUGUAAAACGAAAGAAAAAAGCUGCACUUCUUACUGAAAGAGAUUGUAUUUUUUCUAUUUCAUUUAUUUUAACAAUCUGA